AUGGCGCCCAUGUCCAGACACUCUCUUUCAGGCAGACCGUCACGCUCCACCCCUAAAUCAUCUAUGAAACAGUCGCGUAGAAUCAUGGAGUCUCCCGAAGAGCCUCCAAUGAAGAAGCGCAGGUAUGUGCCUGGUGGCCCAGGAGGAGGCGGACGAUUCAUCGAUUUCGACGGCACCGAAGUUGAAGAAAUGACUCCCCAAAAGAAGACUAAUGGCACACCAAGACGAAACUCCACAAGCGCACGAGGUCGCCCCCCACGCGAUACCGACCAACCAAUCCAUGCCCCUCCACCUCCGCCUCUUGUCCCAACAACGCCGCCGUCUGUGACGCGUCCCCGGCGAGACAAAAGCCAGAAUCGCGGUCGCUUUACCUCAUCAACAGCCGCCGCGCUUGCCUUACAACAGGGAGAUGGAUACAAACCACGAGAGGAGAGAGGAUGGGAGGAGUUCCAUCCCGAUUUGGACAUUGAUGGCAGACUCGCUGUCUUCACAGCCGAAGAAGUGGAUACGGUCGACCCUGCUGCCAACCAACUGACUUUGGAGGCGCUGACUGGCAUUUCUGGUCUUGAUGGUUCAGGAUCACCUAUGCUUCUUUCACCUGAUAUCGCAUCACCCGUUCCAUUCAAGCGUAGGCCUGGUCGCCCGCCACGCCGUCCAGAAGCUAUCUUGAAUGCUCUUCUCGCACAACAAGGCCCGAAGGUGAUCCCACCCCCGGGACCCAAUCCCCGGGAAAAAUUGACACUGCCUAAGCCGGCGUUCCGACUGCAGGAUCCUUUCACCUUUUAUGAGAAGAAGGGUGUUGGCCAACAGAAUUAUGUCGAUCGAACCAUGGCCAAUGUCGGAUACCAAGAAAGUGACUUAUUCCUGCGCCACGACCGGCGCUUCAUUCGCAUGACCGAAGGUGCGCAAGAAGACGACAUGGACGUCAUCCAGCCUGUGGCGUCAGAGGGCGAUGUCAACGCAACGAGCGGAAGAGUGGAGUACGAUAUGGACGAACAAGAUGAGAAAUGGCUAGAUGAUCAUAACUCCAAGCGUAGAGAUGAUCAGCUUGAGCCCAUAAAGCCUGCCAUAUUCGAAAUCACUAUGACCAAGAUCGAAAAGGAAUGGCAUGCGCUUGAAAAGCGGAUUCCUAAACCAAACCCCAAACCUCCACAAACUCAGCGCCCCCGCUCUAGCUCUGCUGCUGCAGUAAACGGAGAGACUGCCGGCCCGGGGGAAGAGCAAGAUAGCAAAUGUGCUAUCUGUGAUGAUGGUGACUGCGAGAACUCCAAUGCCAUUGUCUUCUGCGAUGGUUGCGACUUAGCGGUUCAUCAAGAAUGCUAUGGUGUUCCUUUCAUCCCCGAGGGACAGUGGCUUUGUCGCAAGUGCCAAUUGCUGGGACGAGGCACCACCAACUGUAUUUUCUGCCCCAACACCGAGGGUGCAUUCAAACAAACUACUUCUUCUAAAUGGGCGCAUCUGCUGUGUUCUAUAUGGAUACCCGAGGUUUCAAUCGGAAAUCCGUCACUCAUGGAGCCCGUCACAGAUGUUGAAAAGGUGCCACGCAGCCGGUGGAAGUUGAUGUGUUACAUUUGCAAGCAGAAAAUGGGUGCUUCAAUUCAAUGUAGCAACAAGAAUUGUUUCGUUGCAUUCCACGUUUCAUGUGCACGCCGAGCGCAACUAUACCUGAAGAUGAAAAUUGGCCAUGGACUGAUGGACUCACAUCUCCUGAAGGCCUUUUGCGAUAAGCAUGUUCCGCCAGACUGGCGAUUGGAGCAUGGCACUGAUGCCGCCACGGCCGAUGCGAUCGAAUACUACCGCAAUACCAUGCAAGGUAAACGGUGGGGAGACAGCAUGGCAGCGGCGCUCUCUAUGGGGCCUGCGCUUGCCGAGGAUGCAGAAGGAGAAAGGACCCAUACCCCCCGAAUCACAUUGACCGUCGGAGGUAAUAAGCGAAAGCGUAUCCCAAGAAUGAUCUGGAAGCUACCUUCCGGGGCUCCAGUCAUUCCCCAGGUUGUUCUGAACUCAGUAGUGGCAUGCCUCGGGCGGUUUACCGUUCGUGGUCGAAAGCAAUAUGCAGAAGAGGCAUGCAAGUACUGGACACUCAAACGCGAGGCUCGUCGUGGAGCUGCUCUGCUCAAAAGACUCCAGCUUCAACUGGAGACCUUCUCCUCCAUGGAGAUGACCCGACGAGAUUACGUCGCCAUGGGUGUCACCGGCCACAAACGGUUGCAGCGUCGCAUGGAGUUCGGCGAGCGGCUCUAUAGGGACCUUGACCAUUUGCGAAUGUUAUGUGACGAGGUGAAGAAGCGUGAGAGGGAGAAGCUUAAAGAUGCCGAAAUGCUUCGAAGCAUUGUCGACAUUGUCUACUUUCCGGUUUUCCCUUUACUGUGGCCAAUAUUCGAGAAAGCACAAGUGCUCGAUGGAAAGGGAGUAUUUGCGGCAGGGCUAUUAUCUAUUCGCAAGCGACUCGAAGAGCGUUUCUACCCGUCCGUGGCGUCUUUCUCCGCUGAUCUAGCAAGCCUUUUCACCUCGGAGAUUGGCGUAGGCCCUGCUGGUGAUACUGCAGAACUUCAAGCGCAGAUCAGUGGCCGUGCUCCUGAGCUUAGUCUGGAGCAGCGAGAAAAGAGAAAACUGGCCAAGCGGAUUAUUAAAUCCAUUCAGCCCCAGCUGGAAGACGCAAUUCGCAAAGAGAGCGAAUUGAAUCGCAAACCUUACGAGAAAGAACUGAAGGAGCUGGAUGCAAUACUUGACCACAGCGUCAUGUCACGCCGAGGAGAGUCCUUGGAGCCCGAUGGGGACCAUGACGUUGAGAUGGAUCAGGAUGAUACUAAGCCUGAGGCCAUGGAGGGUGUGGAGGAAACAGUUCCCACUGCCUCUGCUGAGGAAGCUGUGUUUACCAAGGAACCUGAGUCAGAGGAUAUUGCUGCAGAGCCUGCAUCUGUUGAAGAGACUAAAUCAAACAUCAAUAUAGCCUAUCAUCGCCACCCCACCCCGGUUCUGAGCGAGGAAGACCAGCAAUUACCUUUGGCUCAGGGUGGCAUCCAGUGGUACAUGCAGCCUUUUGAUCCUAUCGGCACCACUGUUCAUGAAGAACGGUGGACAGGUCGGGACGUUAUGCGGGGGAUGAGUGAGGAGCUUAGUGAGUUGGACGAGGACGAACUCAAAGACCUGGUGGACGAUGAACUGGACCCGGCUACAAAAGCACCCAAUACGCUGGGGAACUCCCAAAAUGUCCGUCGUACUCGUCGCUUGCGUGGCUAA